AUGUUUUCAAUGUCUGGGUUAGUGCCUUCUAAAUUUGACCACAGUAGAAGCUUCGUGGAGUUGUAGUUCUUGAAUUUCUAGUCUAGCCUACCCAAUUUCAGCUCAGUGAGAGUAGAGUAGCCUACAUUAUCGCCACUGAAGCGUCUCACACCUCUCCGUGCUCUGUUUAGGCUACUGUAAGGUGAUCAGGAUAUCAAAAUACGACGCGGUCUUCCUCCAACACAAAAAAACAAGACCAACCUGUUGUUCAGCCCACUCGAAGAGAGGACAAGUUUGUUUGGGCUUUGUUUUCUACACUAGUGUUGUGUUGUGUCCCGUGCUGACAAUGGACAUCUAGUAGGUGUAGAUCUAUUGAGUGGCGAGAGGGUUCGAGGAAACUUCGUGGCGAGUGCUUGUUACAGGUGGAACGAACCAACGACAGUCUGCGAUGAAGCCGAGCGCUAAAUUCCCGGAGCUCCUGGAUUUGAGCUUUUUGUCCGCUGAUGAGGAAGCGGCGAUCCUUAAAGUUUUGCAGAGAGAUGAAGAGUUGAGAAAGUUUGACACCGGACGCCAAAGGCGGCUGAAGGCCACCACUCCAGACCCAAAGCAGGUGAGGGUCAUGACGGGUGAGUGGUUCGAGGAUCUGAAGACAAAACGUUACGGCCAGCCAUGCGACAUCACAGCUGUCGUAAAGUCCUCAAUGAGGAGAAAGAGGACACCAGGUGCACCCAAGAUUAACCCCUUCAUGACUUACACUGCAACAGAAGCCCGGGGAGAUUCAAAUCAGUUAUCCACCUCCAGGCAUCUUCCGGCUUUUGCUGAAGAGACAUACCGGGAAUACACUGAUGAAGAUUUCAAUCUGAAUGAUGAGCCUUCCUCCUCUGAAAUUGGCCGACAAAAAUCGCCAAGCUACAACGAUGAAGGGGCAAAGCAGCCUGCUGGAAAAUCCUCUAACCCUUUCCUCGACGCACACACCCCCGCCAGCGCUGCUGCCAGUGCUCCUGACAAUCAUUCCCCAGGAGUAAACGAUUUACCUCCUGCCGAGAACAGGAGUUUCGCCUUCAUGCCUUUCAAGUCUAGCGCCACCCCGAAGGAUGCUGUCACGCCGGCCGAGUCGAGCAGGAUGGUGUCCCUCCCCCCCGCUUUACGUAAAGGGGCAUCUGUGGAAGACAGCUGGGUGAAGAUAUCUGUUGAACCCAACACCGUGGCCCAAUCUGAUUUGAGACGAGAUGGAUGUGAUGGGUCGGAGGCCCAUACUAGUUGCUCGUCAUCAGACUCUGAAGAGUCCCAGUCGGUCCCUCAAACGCCCUUUGAGCCAGUCCUUCUGCAAUACAAGGAGAAUGUCUCGGAUGACGUAAACAUUUCUCACGUACGCGAGAGGCCGUUGCCUCACCGGAGAACAUUUGUAAAGAGAAGCGCUGAUUCUGACAAAGCAGAGCGCUCAGAGCCUGAAACCACAAGCUCGCUCUCCUCGAACUCGACCACUGAGCCAACGGAAGUGAUAAGUUAUGAAACUGCUUCCUUCAGAUCCCAAUCUUCAGAAGUCACUUCCUGCUCUAGCAGUGAGUCUGCAGAUGUUCUUGAGAAAAGUGCGUUUGAGAUGGAGGGGCCAGAGGUGAUUACACUGAAGAAACAGCCCCGGAUGGACUUCGGUUAUCCAUCACAAAGUGCCACACAUACCCCACAAGUCACAGGCAUUGAGGAGUUUGAAAACAUACAGGUGUUGUCCAGUGUAAGAGAUGUGGAUAGCAGCGAGAAGGAGAGUCCAGGAGGAGAUUCGCACGCGAGUGCUUACAUAUUUGGCAAAAUGGCCUCACAUUCAGCAGAGUUCAAAAGCAAGGAAACAGAAGAUGAGACAGUUCGUGAAAACAAAGCUCUUGGCAUCAAACACAAGGCCUUCGAGCCAGCCCAGCUAAAUAAAGCUCCCUCAGCAGAGAGUCAAGAUUCUCCAGUGGACAUCUGCGAGUCUAUUCAGUAUGCUGGCCGUGAACAGCCAGAGGACAAAUUAGUUGAUUUUGGUAAGUCUCCUGAGGUGGAAUAUGAGAUUCCAAAACUGAGUGCUCAUUCCUUUACAGUUGCUCAUGCAGAAGAUGAAAUGCUAUCUAGUGAAUUAAGCAGCUCACAAUUUGGCGACGGGCAUCAUGCUAAGCAGACUGAAAACAACUAUAUCAGAGAAGUCAAUUUUGAGGUUCGUACCAAAGAAGAUGAAUUGGGAGUAAGUGAGAGGGGUACUGAAAUGAAAUUGCCGUCUACGCAAACAGAGGUCCCGUGGGGCAGAGACCAAAUGGAACUCGAUGACUCUCUCCCUGAGAUAAGGCCUGGAGGAGACACACAUUCCUCGUCUUUAACGAUGUCGGGCUCGGUCAAAGGGGAGAUAGAUGUGGCGUUGAACACGCCUGCAAAUGGUGUCCUCAGUGCACGAAUGAAGCCCCCGAGGGCUUACAGAGUCCUGCCGUUACAGUCUAGUGACGAUCACAUGACCAGCGGACAGGACGCACACACAUCCUCAGAGGUAGAGGAAGUGGCCGUGGGCGAAAUCAGAGGCGCCGCAAAACCUCCUCGGUACGAUCAGGAAGAUACAUGGCCCUCGUCCCCCAAGUCCCAAGAGGUCAACGAGACAUGGCACUGGGCACCUCCUCAUCGGCCCCUGGUUUAGAUGAAGAGACGGUGUCAACUGGUGCUCCAUGGGACACAGAUGGGGAUGUUGGUGAUGUUGUAGAGCUCAGUGGCAGUGAAUCCACUGAGUCUGUGAUU